CAAGCCUCAAUGUGACUCUCAAGGAGCUUUUCCGGUUGUUCCAUAGCAUCUUUAUAAGCUUGAUGCGCGCUCGUCAAGAAAUCCUUAGCGUCUAAACUAGUCGCUAUUGCCGUGAUAAAGUAAAAGGUUUGGAUCUCCGAGGAAGGACGGAUGUCUAAACGAGGGGGUAUAUCCCCCCAGACAACAGCGACCCCCUCCUUCGGACUGGUCGGCUCCUCUGUUAUCUUAAUGUACCCAGAUAUGGAAUUGAUCUUAAGGUCAUCCAGAGAUUUACGUGGAAAAUCAUCUCUUUUGAAAUCAAUAUCAACGCUCGGCGGUCCGUAAACAUUAGUCAUAAACAAACUUACUGUGUCGCGCAUGUUGUUUUGAAAGGCUAUCUCCGUGACAAGCAAAUGCUGGUGAACCCGAUGAGCAUACAUUCGCUGUUCUAAGGUAAAGUUAUCCACGUGAAGCCUGUGAUAGAACACCCCUUGUGCCACAUUAAGGCUGAAGAGCUCUUCAGUGGCAUUAGAGGAGAGAUUGGUUCGUACGACGAUCGCCGACGUGGAAGGAAUUCUCGCCCUGUGACUCGGAGUUUCUGUCCCACGCCCGUUGAAGAUCCCAGAGACAUAAACCGUGUCGCUGUAAACUGCAGUGGCCAAAUAUCCAUUACCAACACUCGGGUUCAAUCGAGGAUCAUAUGGUAGGCUCGAUGACUCGAAGUUUGUUGCAUUUGGCGUAGCAUGAACAGUUUGACAGAAGCAAACCAUUGACAGAGCGACAAUAAAUUCAUUUGCCGACGCCAUGCCUCUGACUUGUCGGUGGUUUAUCUGGGAUUUUUACGGCCGUAAUACAGUUUUACAGAGCAAGAAGCCUUAUCCACCUGAUGUCUAUCGCCCGUCAUCAAGUCAACAGCAAAACGGGACAACGACCUCAGAAGUUACGAAGUCUGCUCUAAAAAAUGGCUCGACUCCAAGCCACAAACAGGAGAAGCGAAACGUCCGAAUCAACGAAUCGGGCGUGAGACAUGAAACGCUUUUUGAACGGAAAAUUCGAGCUGCAAGUUUGGGUAAACCUGCCAACGUUCGAGUGAAAGUAACGCAAAGUUACGAGCCGGUUGAUAAAGAGGAACUUAAAGUACGAAAAGGACAGCACGUGAAAAUACUCUACCAAGAGAAUGACUGGGUUUACGCGAUUGACUCGUUAGGAAAUAAAGGGUUUAUCCCGUUGUUUUACUGCUCGACGAGAAGUGUAUCCACCGACUCGAAGUCAAGCACCUCAGGUUACGAGGAUAGUUUCGAGGAUAGCGAGGACGGAGUCGGCGAAAGAACUACGGUGGUCGUUUUCAACGAUCCUCUAAAUAGAGCAAGUCAUAGCCCAAAUAACUCAAUGACUUAUUUCCCCAAGAGAGCUUACGGUCCGCAGCUGACAGUUUUAUAUGACUAUACUGCGCAUUAUGAGAAUGACUUAAGCGUUUGUCGAGGUGAGGUUGUUAUGCUGCUAAACGAUCAAGACGAAGAUUGGUUUUGGGUCUCCACGGAUGAUGGUGAGGAAGGCUUUGUUCCUCGAUCUUUUGUCGUCUCUCACGUCUGCGAAGCCUGUGUUCAACGGUUAUCUUCACCAAACGGUACAUCGCUCAACUCACCGAACCUCAGUUCUUCUGACGUCACACCAGUAAGUUCGAGUUCGACUGGGAUGAAAGGCAAAUCAUGGCAGACGGAUGUAACCUCAUCAACAUCCAGUGAUAAGACUUACACCCUAAAAGGAACGCGUCUAAUAGUACUUUACAAUUUUGAAGGGAAGGCUUUUGACGAUUUGCCUGUUAGACCCGGAGAGUAUGUAUAUGCAAAUCUAAAGGACCAAAUUGUGCCUGGGUAUAUCUGGGCUUAUUCGCCGAAUAGUAAGAAAUCUGGGUUUAUUCCAGAUGAUCAUGUCAAGGAGCCAGUGAUAACAGAUAUAUAAUUGAUAUAAGAAGUUUGCAUUUCAAUAACAAUCACAGAAACUCUCUCCACAACAGGUUAAAUGCCCCUCUCGUUGAAGGCUAGGACUAAGAAAUAAUGAGAAAUUUCUGAUGUAUAAGUCUA